AUGACUCUGACUCCUAAUCUGACACUGACUCUUACUCUAACUCCUUUUCUGUCUCCUUCUCUGACUGCUUCUCUGACUCCUACUUUGACUCCGACUCCUACUCUGACUCCCACUCUAACUUCUACUCUGACUCCUUCUCUGACUCUCACUCCUUCUCUGACUUUUACUCUGACUCUAACUCCUUCUCUGACUCUGACUCCUUCUCUGGCUCCUUCUCUGACUCCUUCUCUGGCUCCUUCUCUGACUCCUACUCUCACUCCUUCUCUGACUCCUACUCUCACUCCCUCUCUGACUCCUACUCUGACUCUAACUCCUUCUCUGACUCUGACUCCUUCUCUGGCUCCUUCUCUGGCUCCUUCUCUGACUCCUUCUCUGACUCCUAUUCUUGACUCCCACUCUGACUCCUACUCUGGCUCCUACUCUGACUCUGACUCCCACUCUGACUUCUACUCUGACUCUAACUCCUUCUCUGACUCUGACUCCUUCUCUGGUUCCUUCUCUGGCUCCUUCUCUGACUUCUUCUCUGACUCCUUCUCUGACUCCUACUCUCACUCCUUCUCUGACUCCUACUCUGACUCUAACUCCUUCUCUGACUCUGACUCCUUCUCUGACUCCUACUCUAACUCCUUCUCUGACUCCUACUCUGACAUCUUCUCUGACUUCUACUCUAACUCCCUCUCCGACUCCAGCUCUUCUGCUAGCCCUGGCGUAGCUCAGUCUGGCCGGCUCAGUCUAGCGAAAGGAUCCCAGGAUUGUCAGGCGAGUGCAACCUGCAUCUUUGGCUGUCAUGCUGUGCCCCGUUGA